ACUGUGCGGGGUGCGGGGCCGCCUUGGAGGGGAGCGGACCUGGCGGAAGAAGCUCAGGGAGAAGCUGCCUUGGAGGUGCUGUGCUCAAACUGGCUGGGACGCUGAGGUUGCAGGAAAUGCUGUCCUUCUCAGAUGUGGCUAUUGAGUUCUCUCCAGAAGAGAGGGAAUGUCUGGAGCCUGCUCAGUGGAAUCUGUACAGGGAUGUGAUGUUGGAGAAUUACAGCCACCUUGAAUUCCUGGGUCUUGCUGUGCCUAAGCCACACCUGGUGACAUUUCUGGAGCAAAGACCAGACCCUUCAGAUGGGAAGAGACAAGCAGCAGCCACCGGGCACCCAGGAACAAUGCCUGAAGAUUAUAGCAUUUUCUCCAAGUCCAUUGAUUAUAACUCACAAUAUAUUCAAUGCCGGAGAAUUCAUUCAAGGGAGAAACCCUUCAAGUGUGAAGAAUGUGGUAAGGGCCUUAGUUCUCACAGAACUCUUUCCAUGCACCAGAGACUUCAUACUGGAGAAAAACCCUACACGUGUAAAGUAUGUCACAAGGCCUUCAAUACUCGCUCAUCACUUUUUAUACACCAGAAAAAUCAUACUGAGGAAAAAAACUACAAGUGUGGAGAAUGUGGCAGAUCAUUUUAUUAUCUUUCAGUGCUGAAGCAACAUCAAAGGAUUCAUUCUGGAGAGAAAACCUACAAAUGCGAAGAAUGUGGUAGGUAUUUUUGCUCAUUUUCAUACCUUAGACGACAUCAAAGAAAACAUACUGGAGAGAAACCAUACAAGUGUGAGAAGUGUGGCAAGUGUUUUGGCUUCACUUCAUUUCUUCGGCAACAUCAAGCAAUUCACUGUGAAGACAGACACUACAAUUGUAUGGACUGUGGCAGAAGCUUUAACUCUCUUAUAUACCUUAGACGACAUCAAACGAUCCAUUCAGCAGACAGUCCUUAUACCUGUGUUCACUGCGGCAAAUGGUUUUUCUAUUCCAGGGAUCUUCAGGAUCAUCAAACAGUUCACACCGGAGAGAAAACCUACAAGUGUGACAAAUGUCACAAAGCCUUUCAUUAUCAGUCAUCCCUUAAGACACACAAGAAAGUUCAUAUGGAAGAGAAACCCUACAAGUGUGAAGAGUGUGACAAAGCCUUUCAUUAUCACUCAUCCCUUUGGAGACACAAGAAAGUUCAUAAUGGAAUGAAACCCUACAAAUGUAAAGAGUGUGACAGAUGUUUUAACUCAUCUGUAUCCCUUAGACAACAUCAAACAAUCCAUUCUGAAGACAGUUGUUAUACCUGUGUACAUUGCAGCAAAAGGUUUUCAAAUUCAAAAUAUCUUCAGGAUCACCAAAGAAUUCAUACUGGAGAGAAACCCUACAAGUGUGAAGAAUGUCACAAAGCCUUUCAUUAUCAGUCAUCUCUUAGGAGACACAAGAAACUUCAUACUGGAGAAAAAACCCUUCAAGUGUUGAGAAUGUCACAAAACCUUUCAUCUUAAGUCAUCUCUCAGUAGACACAAGACACUUCAUACUGGAGAGAAACCCUACAAGUGUAAAGACUGUGACAUGUUUUUCUUCAUCUUCAUCCUUUCUAUGGCAUAAAAGAAAUCAUCAUACUGUAGAGAAACCCUAAAAUUGUGGGGAAUGUAGCAAAGACUUCAUUAAUCUUAAUAUCCUUAUUCAAUUCAUGUUAUAGUUAAUACAGGGUAUAAAUCCAUCAAACGUCUUAAAAAGUUUACUUCUUCAAACCUGAAACCACAUCAGAUGAUUCAGCCAGCAAACUUCAUGAGUGUGUGAAAUGUGGUAAAAUCUUUGUUAGCAAAUCAGGUAUUAUCCACCUGAAAUAAGUUCACCAUUUUGGAAUGUCAACAUCAGCAUGUAGCUUACAAGAGCACGAAUACUAAGAAUGUCAUCAGAGAACAGCAGAGACUUCUCUUUGCUGCAACUCCCAACAGUUUGUUCAAGCAGUGUGUUUGAAACUUGCCAUUAUUAAUAAGUCUCUAUCUUCUGUAACUAUAAAUGCUCCAUGAAACCUUUACCAUGUCAUAGCUUUGUCCAUUGGUUGCCCAGAAUAUGAGAUCUGGGCUGUAGCAUAGUUACUGUUGUUUUUCCCAGUAGACUCAUACAAGCUGUUGUAAUUCCUCUUUGGUGUGAGAAGCUCUGCCUCUCUGAGCUAGCAGAUUUUCACUCAGCAUUUGAAUCUAUAUUGGUAAUCCUUAUUGGUAAAAUAAAAGCACAGAGACAGAGCUAAAACUGUAUUAAUACUCUUGCCAUCUAAGAUAUCCACAGCAAGGCAGCAGCUGUGGCUGCAGAGGUGCCGUCAUCAGCUGAGGCAGUGAUAGUUUCAGGUGCAGCUGCUUUUCCUCAGAUAAAAACAGCAGUGCCUGUAGAGCAACAAUGGCAUUAAAGCUCUGGGGUAACCAAUCAUUUGCUGACUGCAUUUGAAGCUCCUUCUACAAACUGUAACUCAUGUGAUGUUAAUUUGUGAUAAACCUGUGCCUGACUGGGUGAUAAGUCCUAGGGAGGAUUUAAUGCUGUCAUUCUAAUGAGUGGACAAUAACUAAAUGAACCCAAGUUCUCAACUUUAUACCCACAGUCAGGCACCUCUCAACCCUCCCCAGAAUGUAUUAAUCGUGUGGUAGAUGGAGAAGACAAAUGAUCAAAGUGUGAAGAAUAUUCAUCUGUGGAGGGUCCUAAUCCAUAGGUGAUACUGUAUCACACAUUGUAAGUGAUUUCCCUUGCACACAUCUAAAGCCAAAAGUCAUGGAGAAGAGUUGGGAAGAAUGUCAGAGCCAGGUAUAGUAGAUGUGUGCCCUGAAGCAGUAGAGAUGUUGAGACAUUUCUAGAACAGUGAAACAUUGAUAGAAAUGCUAAUACCAUUUAAUGUAUGUAUAUUCUGUGACUAUGACUAUGUGGAUAACACAUAAGCUGAACCCCAGCAUACAACAAGCAUGGGUGCAUAAGGCCCUCACUGUCUCACCUCAGUGGAGGAGCUCUUGGCAAUUGCUGACUCCUAAGGAAGACAAUCAACCUGGUUACCUUCCAGGUUCCACUCAACUCUCCUACACCCGUAAACAUUGAGGAAACACUAAGUGCAUUGAAGAAAUAACAAAGAAAAGGCCCGCCAUGUUGUGAGAGCAACGUGUUUUCAAGGGUAAGAAGUAAUAGAUGAAGGAAUAUGGAACUUUAAGUAAAAGAUGCAACGUGCAUGUAUUAAAUUCUCCCCAAAUAUCAUUUUAAAGUUUGUUGGUUUUGUACAUGUCCAAACUUAUUUUAGCAGUGAUUACAGUACCUGAAUCUGGCUGUCAUGAAGUUUACAGUGGAUCAGCACCCUUACAGGGAAGGCCUCACGAGGGAGCAAGUGAGAGGACUCCCCGAAGGGCUCAGAUGCAGGGACUAAGAAGCUCUGCAUCAGUGUAACCUCAGGGAAGAGACAGGGAUGGCUUUGCAGGGAUGAGAUGCAGCCAGAGUCACCUUGUAUCCUCCCCUUGACUUUGUCAUGCCUACAACAGAGGAACGAUGUACAGUGGCUUCUCCACCCUCCCCUCUCUCCUACAUCCACAGUGAUCACAGCUGCCUUAGUUCCUGCUCAUCCAUCAUCAUUAAAGUUGGGAAACCACUGUAGCUGUCAAGUGAACUUGAUAGGUAGAAAGUUACACAUCCUAUAAUUCCUAUCAUUGAGUUUUAAAACAGUUCAUUAGCAUGUAAAUGCGCAAAUUAGAGGAAACAGAGAAAAGUGCUUCUACCUCCCAAUUCCAUCUCAGUUAAUAACCCAGAAAGACUGUGGUAAGGCUCUGUUUUUAAAAAUGUCUAAGAUGUGGUCAGCAAGGCACCUAGUAAAAAAUGCUGGGCUUGCUAUGUAUGUGAGUCAGUAUUUUCUUCCUGCUUGGAGUCUCUGCAGACCUGGGUAUCGAUUUCCUCAUGACACAGAGGGAGGUUUCCUUAUGAGUAGAAAUGGCCUUAAUGGAUAUAUGUUUAUUCUACAAGAGUAUGAUUUUUUUUCAGAGCUGCUAUCUGUAGAAUAAAGGAUCAGCUUAUGUGAGGACUAUUGCAGAGACACAGUCUCAGGAGUAGAGAGUAUAGCAGAGAUUCACAAGCUCAGGGAAAAAUAAUAUAGCAAAGGCUCAUGCUGUCAGAGUAGAUAGUAUAGAAGAGAACAAACACACUCAGAAGUAAAUAGUAUAGCAGAGACUCAUAAACUCAGUGGGAUUUUCUCAUUUCUCUUAAAUUUAAAACCCCUUUAUUUUGAAAGAAAAAUAAAUUCAUAUGUGAAAAUUAGGAUCUAAAAACUACAGUGUUGUGGACUAUUUAGAAAAAAGAUGUGUUUCUUUUGUCUAUGACAUUAACUGUGUAAGGUUGUUACAUUUGCAGAUACUACCUUGUUAAAAAUGUAAGGAUGCCUUGUAUCUGCUUCAGCUUGUGACCUAAGGCACCUGAUUAAUAAAACAUAGAACGUCUGAUA